CUAUAGGCUGCGGGCGGCGCUCCCCGAAGCGGCGGUGGCUCCGCUCUGCGCGCUCACUCCGCGCUGCCGCAGCCCCCAGCGCCCGCGGCGCCCGGGCGCUCCCUCGCUGCCUCCACCGGUUCAGGUUGCUCUGGCACUCUAGAGUGUGAGGCUGAGCCGCCGACAUCCCGGGCAUUUCCAGCAAGCCCCCGCCAGCAGCCCGGCACCGACUGAAAUUUAGGCGUCUUCAGAGAGGGGAGGAAGAUCCUCAUCUUCCGAAGCCUCCUCAAUGAGUGCCAAGCUCUCAAAGGAGUUGAGGCUGCCCCUGCCACCGUGUCUCCUGAACAAGACAUCAGCCACUUCCAACACCAGCAGCACCUGCAUCACGCAAGUGGGUCAACUCUUCCAGUCCUUCUCAUCCACCGUGGUUUUAAUUGUCCUGGUCACCCUCAUCUUCUGCCUGAUCCUCCUUUCCCUCACCACCUUCCACAUUCACAAGAGGAAGAUGAAGAAGCGGAAAAUGCAAAAGGCUCAGGAGGAGUAUGAACGGGACCACUGUACCCGCAGCAGUAGUAGCAGCAGUCAGCAUACUGGGAUGGGAGUGCAGGGAGAGGCACCUCAAGGAAGAGACAGCCGUCUGGGAAGACCCUCCCAGGACUUGGAGAUCAAGAGCCCUUCUCCCUCGACAGCCUCGAGCUCUCAGCCCACACGGGCUUGUUUGGACACUGCUGGCACGGGGCUCCUGCAGACGGUGAUUUUGUCAUGAUGGUUUGGGGGAGAGCAUGCGAAGGCAUUGGUUGAUGUUUGUAAAUACCCGAGUGAUUAUUCCAGUCCCUGAAGAAGAAGAAAACAUUGCUAAUUCAGAUGAAUGAACAAGCCCAUGAUCCAAGUGCAUACCAGAUCACUUUGCUUUUCUCAUUGACUGUGCAAGGAAAGGAUGCAUCUUUUCACUGGAGAAGGAGCUACACACAGCUACCAAAUAUCAAGUCAUCCACCUGGAGGAGAGGGUCAGGGGUGGGGAAUCCAUUUUCCCUGGACAUCGUUACCCCAAGGACCGGGAUGAUCCCACUCUCUCGGGAUUCCCCUCGCAUGCUGUGUCACCAUUGGAUGGUGUGGGCUGGGGUAUGGGUGAGUGGUGUGAGGAGAGAGGCAGGUCUGGUGGGUAUCUUGGGACUCCCCAUCCCCUUGGAGCAGGAUGACAGUCCACCCUGGUCUCCUUUUGUGCUAGGACCUAUGCCCUUGUCCUACUCCUCUUACUCCUUUCCAAGAAUGGUUAUUGUUUUUUUGUAGAAAUGGUCACCCCUAACUGGACUUAGCAGCAAGUGCCCAACUUGCCCCAUCACCCUGUUCCCCCAGCUGCAGCACUGGACAUCCCACUGUCUAGGGAGAAAGGAGCCAGCAGUCUGCACAGAGCAAUGCCUCAGCUUUCCUCUUCCUUCAGAUCCUUUCAUCUUCAAAUGCCAUCCCCCAUCCCCCCCACUCCCAUGACAUGAAACUCAAACCCUCUACUGUUUUGUGUAGAAGGGCAAGGUAAUGUGCAGUAACUUGCUUGUCCUCUCUCAGGGGAGGUUGUCCUUGUACCUCCUGUUGGUCCUGAAACAAAUCCAGUUCUGCACCAGGCACUCCGCACUGAACGCUUGCGUUUACAGCUUUGCCUCUCAGCAAGGAAUCCUGCAGCAGUACAGAGCUGGCUUCUACUUUUUUAGGCUGCUAAGUAUUUUUAACCCUUCUAAUCCAGUAGACAGUUAGGGACAGACAAUCCUUAAGUUUUAACCCUUUCAUCUCUUCAGAAGAAACCACACAUUUGUGCAAAAUGUCUGCUGCUACACCUUGGCAAAUGUGUAUUUUCAGAAGUGGCUGAUGUGGUAUCUCCUUAGCAAGCACCAGGAAUUUUUUUGACUGGAUGGCAGGUGUGAGUGGCUGCUAGUGCUGAGUGUGUUGGGGGAAGCAGUGUCAAGUACAGAAAAAGCAGUUUUGCUGGGUGAUUAAAUCAGUGACCAGGAUUUGAAGAUGCCGUUAACGGAGUGCCAUAUCCAAACUUUGAAACAUCUUGUCUGGUGUCAGAGCAGAGGCAGCUCUUUAUGGUGCAUAGUAACAUAAAAGAAAUGCAGCAAAGAAAAUGUGAUCCUGAGGAAUUUCUUCUAUGUUUUUUUUGUUGUUUGGGGUUUUGCUUUGUUUGUGUUUUGUGGGUUUUUUGUUUGUUGUGUUUGUCUGGUUUGGUUUUGCUUUGGUUUGCUUUUCUAUCUUGUCAUUCAGAGUCCUGUGAGGAGAUAGUAAUAAUUGACUGUCUCUAAUAUUUUUUAGCCACUUAUUCCCUUUCUGCUGUACUCUGCAUCCCAGGGUGGCUGUUAGGCUAGAAGAAUCCUAGACACACGCACACUGGGAAGUAUGCAUCCCUAAGCCAGGAAUGAAUACCAGUUAAAGUGGGGAAGGAGUGUGGCAGAAGUGCACCACAAUCCUCUAGCAGCCCUAAAUUGCAGAGGUUUCAGGGCAGCGUUUCUCUUCCCUAGUUUUAUCCCUUUUCAGUCUUGCCCGGUCUGACAGGAAAUUGCUGUUGAGCUUGGAUCCGUGCCUAUAGCAUCUUAGGCCCUAACUACUGUACCAUACAGCUCAAGAAGGUGCUCCACCAGGUGAGGUUAGCGUGGCAAGUGUACUUGCGACUGGGUGGUGCUUUGCCCAUUGCAGUGAUGCCUGCCUCUCGCCACCAGGCGGUACGAGUGGAUGCUAAUGGCUACUUCAUUGUUCCCGGUCAAGGAAAUUGGCUUUGUUUUGUUUCCCCUAAUAAAAAGAUGCAUGAACUUUUGUGUUUAACCUCCUUAUGCAGUACGGUAUAGCACCACAGGGAAUAGAGUUAGGACAAUGAAGAGUGUUCAGUGAACAAUAAUGGAGCUGUCUGGUCUUUGAUCUCCACUAAAUAGAGAAGAGAGAUAUUACUUUCCCCUUUAUUUUGUGCCUUUAAAAAGAAAAGAGAAAGAACAACCAGCAGUGUAUAAUUUCAAGUUUUAUAAAAGCAAUAAGAUGUUCCAAUUCGCUCCAGUGCAUUUCUGGAUGAUGAUUCCACUUCUUUAGUGUCUGAAGUCAGAUACUUUUCCUUCUGCCUUGUGCACAUGAGGCAUGCAAUAAUUCCCCAGAAGUGUACUGCUUGUCACAUCUCAUUGCAGUUAUAAAAUUGCCCUAUUUUUGAAGAAAAAGAGGACAUAUAUAUAUAUCUUUAUAUAUGUUACAGAUAUAUGGAUAUAUAUAUAUAAUUUAUAUAAUCUCAAGACACUAAAAAUAGUUGCCAAAAUGUAACGAAUUAAAAUGUUACCAUGUAAAACUCUGUCCUCUGUUAAUUAGCUUUGAUUUAAUAUUUUAAUAUCUCUGUAUAUAUGUAAAUCCGUGUAAAUUGUGUGGUCUAUAAGUAAAAUUUCCUACUGACUUUAAUUUUCUCACAGCUGUGGGCUUCUUGUGGUGUCAUUUGAGGUUUUUUUUUUAUUUCUGAAGUUAAAUUCUACAAGGUAUGAGAGGUUAUGAAUUCCUAUUAUCACAGAAAUGCUGCAAUAAGGUUAACGCAUACUCCCAAUACACAGCCCUGUACUGAACUCUUGCAAGCUUAUGAGGUUUAAUUGAAUGGUCUCAGGAGAUCCAGCUGAUACAAGCAGGACAUGUAGGUUUUCAUUUUCAUGAAACAAUAAGCAACCUAGGGAAUAGAUGUGGAUUUUUUAAACAGAGUUUAUGCUUGGAGGUUCUGUCAAAUCAAUUGCUUCAAAACCCUACAGCUACAGCUAAACUUCUGCACUUAGCAUUCAGUAUUAAUAAGGCUGAUGCUUCUUUCCCCUCCCCCUCUCCUACUUAAAUUAGAAAAGUGUAGGAAAUUGUUAAUAUUCCUAAAGCAUACAUUUUCAGCUAACUGUGAAGCUGCCCAAAGGGUUUUGAAUAUACAUAUUUUAUGCAAGUGUGAUAUCUAUGUAUCUGUAUCCAUAUAUUGAAAUAUUUUUGUGUAACCUUUUCUACGAUAUUUGAUAGAGAUGCUGGGUAAAUGCCUGCACCAUUCCCACUCGUAAGGAAGGAUUUAUACCCUAUGGAUGUGAACAUUCUUUUUCCUGUGAUUUUGCACUGGCUUUGGCAAGUUACAAUGGAGGCUGGGCAGUGAGUGCUGACUGCUGGAAGAACACAGUCCUUCAUCUGCCGAGGGGCAUAUCCUGCAUCUGGAUUUUCCUGGUUUCAAACAAGAGAUGGAGGCUAGUUGCCCUCUAGCAUCCUGCAUGUGUUAGAAUAGGAAGUGCUGUGGAGCUCAACAGUUCCUGUACAGUCCAGCUGUUGUCCCAUGGGAGAAGCAUGACUGUAAUUACUUGUUUCGUAGAUACUAGAGAAAACUGAGACCCUGCUGGGUGAUGCAGAGGUAGCGCUGAGGCUGGACUGGGAGGGUCAACAAUGCCUCUUUCUGCAUUCCUAUCCUUGGAGCCUGCUACUUGCCCUGAGGCUUCUUCCAGCUCCUGCUGCCAUCAACAGGGGUGGUUUCCACUGACUGCCAAAGGACUUGGAUCCUGUCUGUAGUCCACACAGAGGGUAACAGCUCUCCAUACUACCACCACUGGCCCUGCUCUGCAUCCAUCCCAGCAGCCUCUGUGGGGAUGGCAAACACUGCGUUCCAUGAGGGCUAGGAUUCUUCAGCGUGGCAGCACCAGGGAAGCCACACUACUGCUGUCAGUUCUGCUUUGGUGGACUGAGAUGUUUAGGUUUCUACAGAGUUCCUGUGUGGAUCAUAGACAAGGAGCAUAAUUUCAUUAAAAUGCAUCAUUCCAGCAUUUUUUCCCCAUGGAGGUUUGUCUAUGCAAAUGCAGUCUUAGAUGAAAUUUGCAGGUUCUUAAUCCAGACAUGUUUUUAGGUUUUGAUACAUCUCUCUCAGACAUAUAUCUGUAUAUAUAGAUAUAUAUCUUGAAAGAAAUGCUGGACAAAAAGCAAAGAACAAAGACUACAUUCUAGACAGACUGUCAUAUGACUGAAAACUUGGGAAGUUUUGCUUCUGUUUUUAAUUUUAAAGGCAACUAUUUGCAAUGUAAAUAGCAAGUUCCUGUGUGAUUAAUGUUUUCCAUAGCAUUUCUGGGUAACUGCUAUCUUGUUUCUGGAAAGCUUUGUCCAGUGUUAUGAAGCAACUCUACUUUUCUUCUUUAUUGAUAUGAAUAUGAGUACAGCUUUUAUGUAAGGGAGGAAAAAAGAACAUUAUUUGACGCUAUACAGGACUGAAUUAUUUUAAAUCCAGUUAUAGCACUUGGUUUGGUUUUGGUUUUAUUUUUGGUUUUGGCUUUCUUUCCAGUGGAUAUUCUCUCUGCUCGUUUGCGGUUUUAUAUGGGUACCUGAAACCCUACCUUUUAGUGAGUGUGCAAGAUAUGAAGAGAAACAUGAAAAUGUGAAAUAGGAGAUAUUCUUUUGUGUAAAUAGGAGAAUUUACAUUGACUUAGAUGCCAUUUCAUUACAUCUACAUAGAUGGCAUGACUCACAUACAAAUCUCAAAUAAUGCUUUGUUUUAUGUUAAAAAUUAGAACUACUAUUAUCCAGAAAUUACCUUCUCAUCUCUUUCUGGUAUCUAAGUCUUUUUUUCCCUGAAGCCAAGUUUUCCAUCUGAUUGCUGAAUAAAUUUCUAGUAGAACAGAGCCUCCUUCUGUUUUCGGUCUUUUACAUGUAGGUUUCUGGUCUGAAUCUAGCCAAACUCAAUAGUGUAUGAAGUGUGGUAUGAACUUGGAAAAAUUGGAAAGUGUAUGAGCCUUGAGGAGGGAGACCAUCUGACAAGCAAACAGGUGAAAUGUCUGGCAAUGGUGACAGUUAGCUUUCCCAUUUCGAGUUGUGGAAGUGAAGCCUCACCAUCCACUGUGUAGUCCUGGGUGAAGAGUGAUCCAUUCCAGCCACAGCAGAGACAAAUAGCUAUCUCCUUCCUGAUACCACUGCUCUAAACCAUCAUUUUCUAUAUGACAUUAGAUCUCAUCUCUGUAAACUAAAUGUAAUAUAUUUCUUACUCGAGUCAAAGAACUUUCAUUGCUUUAUUGAUACUAUAUGUUCUCUGUGGAUAACUAGAAUUCAUUUCCCAACACUUUUAACCCAAUACCUCCACAAGCAUUGAUUUUGUAUGAGUUAGAAAAUAAAUAAAUAUUUGAAUCAGCA